GAAUCGGACUGCGGGACUGAGUUGAGUAGAACGCCUUCCCCGGUAUAUCUCCCGGCCCCGACCCCGGCCAGGGCCUACGAACUCGACGGAAAAUCUCCCCCUCGUCCCUGCAAUCAAUCUCCGGCGUGCCGCCGGCCGAGUUAUUUUCGUCCCUGCGUGCGUUUGUUAAGUAAUAUUGUACGACCGCGCGUGAUCUCCAAACCCUCCCCCCUCCCCCGUUGGAACGGCCGCUCCCUGGUCGGUCGACUCGAUCGACCCUCGCCGGCCGGCGGCAUGAGCCGCGCAUCACCGUGGACGCCGACAAACGCCCAGCCAGCAGGUUAUCGCGAGGAUAAGAAGAGGAGGUUACCCCAAGGACACGCUGGAGAGUUAAGCAGCAGAUCAGCACAUGAAGAUCUGGAUGACAUGUUUGCAUCGCUGUCGAUUGAUAGCGUCCUCGCCCAUGAAAAUUCAGGAGACCGUCCCAAGGAUAGGAAGAGAAAAGCAUGCCAACAAAAUGCUGGAAAUUUGACUAACACUUUACCAGAUGAUGUUUUCGAAAAUAUGUUUGCAUCGCUUGCAAUCGAAGAUGCUAGGGUGACUAGUACUGCUUCCACGAGAUCGUGGAAACGCGGACCUAUUAUUCUUGAUGACAAAAUUCUUGCUGAAGGCAAUUCAGAUUGCACCACUUCCACUGACUCUAGGAGGCCAAGAUCAGAGGUAUUCAUUGAAAGAGCAAAUGAACUGUUGCUGCACCAUGAUGGAACUGGCGUUCGAGUGUUUCAGGUUCGUUUUGAUUUGAACUCCACUCAUGCUGCCCACCUUGACAAAUGGGUCCAGUUUGCGUCAGAGGUGGGUGCAAAAUAUCUGAAACUUAGCUUGGGUAAAAACAAGACAUCUUGUCCGGAGCAUUUGGUGACUGCAAAUCGUUAUACCUUCCCUUUGCAUUGCUUCGGCGAUGCACAAAGGACCUCGAUACGGAAGCUAGACCUAAGGAAUUGCAAAUUCACUCCACCGCUGGAUUCCAGUGCCUUUUCGUCCAUCUUAUACCUUUUUCUAAUACGUGUCACAAUAACCGACUCCGGCAUUCAGAACAUUUGCUCGUGUUGCCCUUUUCUCAGCUUUUUGAGACUGGGGCGCUGUGACAAUUUGGUUAAUGUAAGGAUUUCCCAUGAAUUACUGUUUCAUUUGGAUAUAUUUCAUUGCAACAAGCUGGUGAGUAUUGAGAUUCACGCCAGCAGACUUCUCGGCUUUGAGUAUGAUGGACAUGAGGUACACAUCAAUUAUGCUAGUACCCCAAAUAUGAGGUUCUUGGUAAAUAAGUUCGGGAACAGAAAUUGUUCUCUUCCGAAUAAUUUAGAUGCCAUGAAAUGGAUCAGCAGAAUCACCUUGACAUUUUUUUCGCCAUUGGAGGAGCCCGAUUUUAUGCUUUACGCGGAGAAAUUCAUGGCAUUACAGUCCAUCCAUCUGUUUAUUUUGCCAUCUUGGAAUAAUGUUCUCGCAAUAGCUAAUCUCCUUAAAGCAACUCCUGAUCUUAAAAGACUUCGUCUAGAAGCACGCAGCGGAGACCACCAUUAUCGGGAUGACGUCCAACUCCAAGUCAGCUGGCCCGAGGGUAUCUCCCUCAAGAGUCUCCGUUUCAUCACCGUGGGCGGUUUCACCGCGCAGGCCCCGCUGGUCGAGCUCUUGGUGUUCAUGGUGCACGCGAGCACUGGUUCCGGGAGGACAUAUCUCCAGAUCGACCCGCACCACCAUCUCUGCAAAGGGCUGGGCAGGUGGGUCAGGGAGGACGUCGGCGACGAGCCGGCGAGGGACCGCGCGAGGAAGGCCGCCAAGGAGAUCCUCCACUCUCGGCUCCCGCCGUCCGUGAAGCUCGUCAUGAAAUGAUUCGCUUGGGAUCUUCUUGUAGCUGGGAGAAGGGCUUCGUUCAGGAUGAUGAUUUUUCGUGUUCUUUUUCAUUCUGUUGGCCUGGCUAGUGUCAUGUGCCGGCAACGGUUGGAUUCAGAUGGUUUGGAAAGCUCAGGACUGACGAGUUGUGUGAAAACAUGGGAAAUGCACAUGCUUACAGUAACAAGACCCUCCUCUUGUCUCUAUAUAUAGUUUAUAUAGACUGCUGAGACCCUCCUCCUCUUGUCUCUUUUCUUUUUAUCUCUAGAA